UUUGCAAUGUCUGUGGGUCCUUUGGUUCCGCGAGGGGUGUGUUUACACUGACGUCACUUCAGUUUACCAAGGGAUAAAGUUGUGAAACGGCAGCAGUCACCAUGUUUCACGGAAUACCUGUCGCAGGAGGUAUGGGAGGAGCUCCUGUCAAUAAACCUGAAUUGUAUGAGGAAGUAAAAUUGUACAAGAAUGCCAGAGAGAGAGAGAAGUUUGACAACAUGGCAGAGCUGUUUGCUGUGGUGAAGACCCUUCAGGCCCUGGAGAAAGCUUACAUCAAAGACUGUGUGACUCCUAAUGAGUACACGGCUGCUUGCUCCAGGCUACUGGUGCAGUACAAGGCUGCUUUCAAACAGGUCCAGGGAUCUGACGUGGGUUCUAUCGACGACUUCUGCAGGAAGUACAGACUUGACUGCCCGCUAGCUAUGGAGAGAAUCAAGGAGGAUCGACCAAUCACCAUCAAGGAUGACAAGGGCAACCUGAAUCGCUGCAUUGCUGAUAUCGUAUCGCUCUUUAUCACGGUGAUGGACAAGCUACGUCUGGAAAUCCGGGCGAUGGAUGAGAUCCAACCAGACCUGAGAGAGCUGAUGGAGACCAUGAACAGAAUGAGCAACAUGCCCCCAGACAAUGAGGCCAAGGACAAAGUCACCCUCUGGUUGACCACUCUCAGCAGCAUGUCAGCCUCUGAUGAGCUGGAUGACUCCCAGGUUCGCCAGAUGCUGUUUGACCUGGAGUCAGCCUACAAYGCCUUCAACCGCUUCUUACACUCCUCCUAAUCUACCCAUCAUCAGGACUGUUCUCACCUUUCUUAUAUCAUUGUACUAUCCCUUCCUCUCCUCUCUCGCUACGUGUCUAAGGUCAUCUCCUCUGUUUGUGGGCUGUACUAUUCAAAGGAAUAAUAUCUUUCUUCCUCCA